AUGCUGGAGGCCGAGCCACCUCGGCUCCAGCACCAUCGGCGUGGACCCUUCGUCCAUGUUUUAUCACGCCAAUAUGCAGGCGUACACGGCCAGCAAAGCCGCCAUGAACCGCAUGGCUCUUGUCUACGCCCGCAUCUUGAGCGACGUGGGGGCCGUGUCAACAUCGCCGCGCCGGGUCUUGUCAACACCGAGCUUACAAACUUUAACCCCAACGGCGUAACAGUCGAAGAAGGCGCGCGGCGUAUAGUCGGGCUGGCCGCUCUUGGCGAAGCCGGGCCAUCGUCGACAUUUUCAGAUAUCAACGGGCCACUUCCAUAG